CGAGCAUCAAACAUAUGCAAACUUGUGCGAGUUUGAUCAUUUCGCAACAAUAUUAUUACUAGUAAAUAUACACACGAUCCUUGCCAGAACGCAAUAUGCAGAUUGCAAAGGGUCAACUUUUGCUGAUUCGCAAAGGUUUUUUUACCCGCAAAUAUUCUAAUAAUAAUGAGUGAAGCUCUACCUGUGCUAACGUGUUGUCGUUAGUUGGCAUGUAUUUCUCCUGUAGUUAUUCAUGCACUCCUGCUUAUGUGUACAAUGCAGUCAUUAUGCCACGCCCACACUAAUGCCCACACUAAUGCGUAAGAAGUUUGCCAGUUUUCCAAUUCCCUGAAGUAAUUAUACCAAUAAUUAUGUGUAACAGUGGUGUGUAUUUGUGGUGGGUUGAGUUGUUUGAAUGUAAACUGCUAGUCUUGUAAAAAGCAGGAAGUGAUGUGUUUAUUGUCAGUUGUUCAACAAUGGCAGAGCCUUUAGAGCUAGCUAGUGUUUAUGAGACUGACAGAGUGCUCAAUAGCACACCUCUCUCUGUCAGUGUGGAGGUUCAGUACCAUGGCCUCGGUUGCCUAGGAACUAGAUACAAAGCACUAGGUCCUCUACAGCCACAGCAACUAGCACAAGUCUUGCAGCAACAACUGGACACUCUCUCUCGUGUAAGGCAUCCAAACAUUGUCCAGUUCCUUGGCCUGCACUCCUCGGCUCCUGACCUACCUCUCAUUGUUCAUGAGCUGCUGCCCAAAUGCCUGACACAAUGUCUGGACCACCCUCUCCCCCUCAGGCACAGUCUCUCCAUACUACAUGAUGUGGCUCUGGCCCUCAACUGUCUUCACCAUCAGGCCAUUGUGCAUGGAAGCAUCUCAGCGGCUAACAUUUACCUCACCAAAGAUAUGACUGCCAAACUAUUUGAAGUUGGUACAGCCUUUGUAUUGCGUGCAGUGCAAUGUGACUACCUCCAGCCCACGACUGUAACUGACAUUCGCUCCUUUGGUACUGUAAUGCAAACAGUUCUCAACUCUACAGAAGACAUCUCCACUGCCUCAGUCAAGGAGCUGGUCUACAGUGUAGUGACACGGUGUUUACAAGCUGACCCUCUAGACACUAUAACACUCCUCUCAAGUAUAGCCUCCAUACUGAGCAAGCUGCCCUCACGAGAUGUGUCAAGUCCUUUGGAGGCUCUGUUGAAUAGACAUCACAAUAACUUUGUGUCCGUAGACUCGGCAAUUGACCCAGACCCCCCACCAGGGUUGACCCCCUACAGUGACGAGGAGAACCCCCCACUGCUAAAUAGACAGUACAGCAUUUCACAGUUGCAGGACGGUUUUGUGGAGUGGAGGCGUUGUGCUGAUCUCCCAGUGGCCGUGUUCCAAGCAGAGGCUACUCUUAUCAAUGGACGUGUGUAUGUGGGCGGAGGCAACACUGAGAGUGAGAGCACUGCAAACAUUAUCUACGAGUAUGACCCUUGUUCUGACAAUUGGAGGGGCCUCCCCCCUGUCAAUGUUACAUUGUUUGGACUCGGCCAAUUGGAAGGGGAGUUGGUGAUAGUGGGUGGUCGCUCUGGAGUGAGAGUAUCUGAUCUAGUGCUAGUGUUCAAUCAUCUCACGCAACGUUGGAAGCUGUCUCUCCCCCCACUCAUCACCCCUCGCUAUUCAACCACCUGUCUCUGUCCCGAGGGUGCACUCAUUGUUUCCGGGGGACUCUCUCAGGCCGGGCAGGUGGCCAAUAGCAUUGAGGUCCUGGCGGUGGACCAGUUCACUUGGACUGUGGUCGGAUAUUUGUCUCGUUCUGCUUCUCUCUGCUACCCCAGUGCAACUCGAGUGGCAGAUUCCUUCUACCUCUUGGGUGGUUAUACGUCCGACACAGCAUGCAGUGUGUCUAGCUCCAGCCACUGUGCUGCCCUCUCCACCCUCCUUCCCUCUGGUGACCUCAAUCCUUAUAUAUGGCAUGGCCUACCUGACACUCCUCACAAGCAAGCCACUGCUGCCACGCUGCAUGGCUACCUCCUAUCACUAGGUGGUUGCACACAACCUUACACUAAGCCAGUCCACAACUCCAUACACGCUUUCUCCCCCUCGCUCAACUCAUGGGAGCUGGUGGGUACACUACCUCAUGCCGUAUGUCACGCUACAGCUGUUGCCAUGGGAGACGAGAUCUUACUGAUUGGAGGGUGGGUUGAACCCGGCAAGUUCAAGAGGUCAAACGCUAUAUACCGUGGACAGUUUGUCAUGCAGAGAUAACUUUAACUAUAGUGUUGUAUCAAGUUACAUUGUCUUUUGAGUUAAAUCUUUUUUGUAAUGAGAUAAUUAUUUUGAGUAAUGUUCCUG